UGCCGGUAAGUGCCUUAACUCGUUGUCCCGCGGACGAUGUGCUCAGGGUUUCAGACAGAAUAAUGCAAUGAAGUGCGUUUCACUAUUUUACCGUAUCAGCGUCUUUUCUAACAUGAGCUACACACCGUGAGCGACAGUUGGUUAAGCUUAUAGCGCAGUCUUUGUUGAUAAGAAACAGGUAGCCUUCUUAGCCAGAUAAACCAAUUACGCAAUGUGUGCCAUUUGGUUUGUUAUGACUCUGUUAAUAGUACCAUGCUUGGGUGUAGGCCUACGCUAAGGUUAAUGGGGGGGGGAUUUGACGUGCUUUAUAGGGAACCGACAUGACUGUCUGCUAGCCUUGCCGCACUCGCUAACCCUGUGAGUCAAAGCUGACUCUCAGCACAGCGUCAACGUGCGUCCGCCGACUCCGUGCCCCCAGUUCGACAUCAGUGCGCUCAGAGCUGUCUACGGGAAACUGACAGAUUUCCAUCCCACACUAAUUCUGCAACUGGUAAAGAGGAAGGGCUACUGGUUGAUAAGCGGUAACAUCUAUCUGGUGGACAUGAACAAGUGGAAUAACGAACACGUGUUGAACAGGAGGAAAAGACAACGACGUUUAUUUUGAUCGUUUUAUACCAUAUCAUCCAUAUGAAGAAGACAAACAUUGGAGAGAGCGUUUGCAUCUUCGCACUACUGCUGUCGACUUUGGUGACAGGUGGCGAGAAAGGCAGAACUCCACUCACAGACGAUGUGGGUACACUGGACGUUCUGAAAGGAAACAUUCCCCAGGACUACAGAAUCCCACUUAAUCACGCUCCUAAAGCAGUGACAGGAAAGUGCUGGUUGCAGUUAAAUCUUUACCCUGUGGAGCAAAGCCUGAAGCACCUUGCUCACAAGUUUAGUAACCUGUCAAUCAACCGGGAGAACAUUACCAUUUUCAUCACUAUGCUCCAGGGUCUUCGCUUCAUGCUUGGCAACGAGGAACUGGACCUGGCAAUGCAAGCAUAUGAGUGCCAUUUCAGGACAGCCUACUGGCCAACUGAUCGCUAUUUUGAUCACGUAAAAGAGGUUUUCAGCACAGCUGCCAACGUUUCUGGGAUAUUGGAGUGUGCCCCACCUCCCUGUCCAUCCACUUUGCCUCCCUCUGCCACACCAGGUCAGGAGAAUCAGCAUCUCAUUGGAGAGAGAAUAACGAGAAGCCUUCCAAUCAUCCUACUUGUCCCUAUCUUAUGCAUAUUAUCUCUGGGCACGUGGAUGGUAGCACGGAAAAGAGGAGUCUGGUGCAAUGACUCCAGCAGAGGUGAAUUUGCGAGGCCCCAGAGUGCAGCUGCGCUGUCAGGCCCUGAGUCUCAGUAUGGAGCUGCGCAAGAGAGCCUACAGGAACACUCAGUGAUGAGUGCAGAGAGGAGCGCGGAGACCAUUAUGGUGAUGAUGGAGGUCAUGAAGGAUUCGGAGAUGUGAACUCGAGCAUUUCAGCAUGAAACUUGAGGAACGUGGCUGGGGAGCACAACUAUGCUAACC